UCGCUCCCGCUGCGUCUGGAAGAGCAGGAGGUAGAGGCGGCUCCUCCGCGGCUGACCCGGCCGGGCCUUUCCCUCCCCCGCGCCGCCAUGGCGUCCGCCCUGGAGCAGUUCGUCAACAGCGUCCGGCAGCUCUCGGCCCAAGGGCAAAUGACUCAGCUUUGCGAGCUGAUCAACAAAAGUGGAGAACUGCUAGCGAAAAACCUCUCCCAUUUGGAUACCGUGCUCGGGGCACUCGAUGUCCAGGAACACUCCCUGGGCGUGUUGGCUGUUUUGUUUGUGAAGUUUUCUAUGCCCAGCGUCCCUGAUUUCGAAACGUUAUUCUCGCAGGUCCAGCUUUUCAUCAGCACUUGCAAUGGGGAGCACAUCCGAUAUGCCACCGACACUUUUGCUGGCCUGUGCCAUCAGUUAACAAAUGCCCUUGUGGAACGGAAGCAGCCCCUGCGCGGAAUCAGCAUUCUCAGGCAAGCUAUAGACAAAAUGCAGAUGAAUACCAACCAACUGACCUCAAUACAUGCUGAUCUCUGCCAGCUCUGUUUAUUAGCCAAAUGCUUUAAACCCGCCCUCCCGUAUCUAGAUGUGGACAUGAUGGAUAUUUGUAAAGAAAAUGGGGCCUACGAUGCCAAGCACUUUCUGUGUUACUACUACUAUGGUGGAAUGAUAUACACUGGGCUCAAAAAUUUCGAAAGAGCACUCUAUUUUUACGAGCAGGCUAUAACCACCCCUGCCAUGGCUGUCAGCCAUAUCAUGUUGGAAUCGUACAAAAAGUAUAUCCUAGUCUCCUUGAUACUCCUUGGCAAAGUGCAGCAGCUGCCGAAAUACACUUCCCAAAUAAUAGGUAGAUUUGUUAAGCCACUUAGCAACGCGUAUCAUGAAUUGGCGCAAGUGUAUGCAACCAAUAAGCCCUCUGAGCUGCGGAGUCUGGUGAACAAGCACAGCGAGACCUUUACCCGGGAUAACAACAUGGGCCUGGUGAAGCAGUGCCUAUCCUCGCUCUACAAAAAGAACAUCCAGAGGCUGACGAAGACAUUUUUAACACUGUCACUACAAGACAUGGCGAGCCGAGUGCAAUUAUCGGGGCCUCAGGAGGCAGAAAAAUACGUCCUUCAUAUGAUAGAAGACGGGGAAAUUUUCGCAAGUAUCAACCAGAAAGACGGCAUGGUUUGUUUUCACGACAAUCCCGAGAAAUACAACAACCCAGCGAUGCUCCACAACAUUGACCAGGAGAUGUUGAAAUGUAUAGAACUUGACGAGAGACUGAAAGCGAUGGAUCAGGAGAUCACCGUGAACCCUCAGUUUGUGCAGAAGAGUAUGGGCUCCCAAGAAGACGAAUCAGGAAGCAAGCCCUCCAGUUAUUCUUGAAAACCACAUUUUUGCUUGCUACUCUCUUGUAAAACACACAUAUACAUACAAAAAAAAAAAAGCUAAAGAGAGACAGCUUUAGGAUUUGAGUGUUAAGAAAAAAAAAA